GUCAGUCAUUACCUCGGACGGCACGCGCUUAAGUUCCUUAAGAUAUUGGAAUCUUUAUACUAACCGGAUUCGUAAUAAUUUUGAAGAAGUAUUAAGAGUCUAAAGAAUCUAAAUUCUCUGCGUCUACAGGAAAUUUUAAUCGAACAUGAUUAACAGUAUGUUGCCAUGGAUACUCGUGGUGGCUUUUGGAUUUUUGCCAGCUGAUGCAAGUCAUGUUGAACAGACUAAGACAAUGCAUACACCAAGUAACGGUGGACAAAACACAAAACAACCGCCUCUAUUUCCGGUUAUUCACAUGGACAUUAACAACCUAAAGCAACUUCCGGCUUUCGAUGAACCGAUCGACCAAAUACGAAAAAGGAUACACAAGUUUAUUGGAAAUCAGCUUGAAAAUUCCCCACUCCAUAAUCGUAGUCCUGCUUCUCUGAUGAAGAGCAACAACAUUCCACUACAAACUAACCCCAGCAACCACCGACUUCCGGUCGCUAAUCAUGCACCCGUUCCAGGGAAUAUUCGACCGCCAGCCGUCAUCAACUCGGCCUCUCAAUUCAUCCCUCACCAUCCUGAUGUACAACCACAGAACAGGCAACAGGUCAAUAACGCUGCACAAGCGGUCAAUCAUCCAGUCACCCGUAUGCCGCAAUUCAAUAACGGACCCAUUUUUCACCCACCGAUGAUUAUGACGCCAGCGAUGAGUGGAAAAAACCGCGUAAACCAACAUCUUGUAAUUCAGACCCCGCCACGACAACAACCCCGGCCGGUCCCUAACCAGCCAUCCCUCGUCAAUAUCCAGUCAAUUCCCCAAACGAUGAACCAGAUUCCCUACCACGCAUUCCAAGGUCAGGGCCAUGCUAUGCCGAUGUUGGGAUUGAAUACAAUUCAAAACCAACCCCUGCUGAUGUUCCAUAGGCCCAUCCUUGUGAACUCCAUUCCACAAAAUGUUCAAUUUAUCCAGGGCCCCAUCGCUAAUACACGAUCCUUAGUGAGACCUACCAACUUACAAGCUCCUACUGCACAAAACAAUCAGAUUUCUCUUCCACAGAUAGUGUUUGCUAACGGGGUGCUAAACCAAAUAGCUCCUGCACAGAACCCUGCUGCAGUGGCUUCUAAACCAAACAUGUUGUUUUCGACUGUCGCAAAAGUUGAUAAACCGCCACAGACUAUGAGCAAGGCUGGCGGAAGUAAUACAAAGAAACCCAUAGUUCCACAAGUAGUCGUUCACCAAUCAGGGAGCAGUUUCAAAGCACCAAAGGUUUUAGUGAAGAAAACGAACAACUUAAGUUCAAAGACAACGAACAAAAGUCCCGCCAAACAGUCCCGAGAUUCCAAAACAACGCCAAAUAAAAUUAAUCUAUCAACGGCACUUAAAAAGAAUAAUGCCUUAACUUCGGUGAACAAAUCUUUAGUGAAAUUGGUCCUGGACAAACUCAAGAUCACGACAAUGGACAUGCUCAAAGGGCGAUUAAACAACAGGGUUUCCGGAAAUGCGCAGUCAAAGGGCCCUUCACCAAGGAAAACAAUUGUUAACACUGACACGAGAAUUUCAAACUCUCCCAUACGCUUAGUGGGGAACACUGCAAGUAAUCGAGCUGUACUUAGCGGAUUUCCUGCAUCAUUGGAUCCAAAACGAGUCUCCGUUUCAUUCAAACCAUCUACAGGUGAGAAAGUAAUCUCCCCGAAACCUACGAAUAUUCCAAGAACGAUUGAAAUCGUGCAUCAGAAUUUAAAUCGAACGAUGCCAAAUAACAUGACGCUGGAGCCUUUCACAGCAACGACACAUAAAAAGAACGGGAAAAUGAGCAUUACGUUAACGUCUAAACAUACCGGCAAUCGUCCUAUCGUCAUCGAGGCAGCCACCGGCAAUAUCCUUGUAUCCCAUAUAAAAGGCCCGGAUGGAAAUGCACAGUUUGUCAUUCAGCAUGCACGUGAAACAACGACAAACCCUACAUCAUCUACCACGCCCGCAACGACGGAAGAAGUCGAAAUCGAGGCUGAGGAUAUCAUUACCACUACUUCUACAACAUCCAGUACUUCAACGACAGAACUGCCGACAACAGUUCCUGGGUCUAAUAUCGUGACGUCGACGAUACCCGACCACACGACUGGUUGACCUAACGGAGGGAAAUUCAAAUCGGUAAAAAUCCUCAAUAAUACUUUCUGUCUCCACAACUGCUUUGGAUGUCAAGAGACAAGAGAAUGCGUUGCUAUACGUGGCGACACACGAGUUCUCGUUUGAUACCGGUGAGGGCAAUGUUUCAGAGAUGAGCUGCCCGCGAAAUUCAAGUCUCAACAGAUUGUCGGAGCAGAGGCAAGGUUGGAUCGUGAAGAGCAGCUUCCACCAGCUGGACUCAUCCCAACAGAAGUUGAACAGUUACAAAAUCCAGACAUGAUUGAUACAUUUGAUUUCAUAACAUGUCCGUGUGUUUGUGUGUUGAUUUUUACUUUAAAUGAUUGCUUGUUGUUAAUGAA